AUGAAGUUCACAGGAUUCACCAUUUCGCUCGCCCUUGCUGGCUCCGCCUACUCCGCCGCCCUGCCCACCCUUGGCAACGUCCAGGGUACCGUUGCAGGCGUUGAGGGUGCCGUUGGUGGCGCUGUUGACGUCGCAGCCCACGUCGUUGCCCCCAUGGCCUCCACCGCUGGUGGCCUGACUCACGCUAUCAAGCGUGAUAACACUGAAGCCGUCGGUCAAACUAUCCAGGCGGUUCCAGGCAUUGUCAACGGCCCAAUCGACAUCAUCGGCAGUGCCGUUGGUACCGGCGAGAGCCUCGCAUCUGGCGCUGCUUAUACCGCCGAGAAUGCGAUUGGCGGUGCCAGUGGUGCUGCCAAGCGUGACAACGUUGAAGCCAUCGGUCAAACCCUCCAGGCCGUUCCCGGGACUGUUAACAGCCCAAUCGCCAUUGUUGGUAGCGCUGUCGGUACCGGCGAGAGCCUUGUGUCUGGUGCCGCUUACACUGCAGAGAACGCUAUCGGCGGGGCUGGCCCAGCUGCUAAGCGUGACGUGAACAACCUUGUCGACAGCACUGUUGGCCAGGCUGAAGCCGUUGUUGGUAGUGUCGUCAAGCGUCAGGGUGUCGCUGGCAACCUCGAGGCUGCCAUUCUCGGCGCCAUCUUCGAUCUCACCAACAACCCCCUUGACCUCCUCUCCGCUCUCGGCAGCCUCAAGCAGGCUGUCAACGUUGGCGAGAUUACCCAGGGCCAGCUUGCUGCUCUUCCUGCUCUCCAGAACAUUCUCGCUCUGACCAACCUCUAA